GUGGAUAUCCUGAUAUGCAUGACCAGUGUGGAGACUAUGGAGACAGACAAGAUGUGCUUCGCCGGGCCGCCGACGGUCUGGAACUCUACAAACAUCGCCUUCACCUCGAUCGAGCGUGUGUCCAGGUAUCUCCUUGACUCGCAGACAUACCCGGAAAAACUGUACAUGGGCGUUUCGUUCGAGAUGGGAGUCAAUCUGUACCAGCUGACGGAGACGGAUACUCCAAUAGAGAGCGCUCCAUACGCUCCAUGCGACCAGUUCACGCAGGUCGGGUACGAGCAGGUGUGCGACCCACACGCGAAACUGAAAACAUUGGACAACGUAGUCGUUGAAUCAGGAGUCAUCCUCGACUAUGUCUUCUUCUACGAUAGCUGGGAUACUAUGAAAAAAAAGGUUGACCGCUUGCUGAAGCUCAACCUGCGAAAGAAUAUCGCCUGGCUCCUGUACAACACGCACUUCUCGGACACCCCGUGGACGUGCAGUCCGAGCUUCGACAGGGAGCGCAAGCUGCGGGACUAUCUGGCCAGCAAAACUUAAACAUUCACCGCCGAAGUGUCCGAAUUAGAAGGGAUGAAUAAAAAAAUUC